CGGAACAAACAACAGAGUUGUCUGAAACCUUCCCCAAAAUUUCGAAUUCCUACUAACCGUCGUCGGUGCGGUGCUGGCGGGGCGGUGCGGUCGCGGCGAGAUGGAGACCAACACCUCCUCCUCCUCUUCCGGAGGCGGCGGUGCCGGCGCCGGCACCGAGCAGCGGGGGCUAGGGCUUGUGGAGGUGCAAGCGGCGGCGGCGGCGCUGCGGCGAUCCGAGGUGUUCCACGUCGUGAAGGAGCUCGUCGGCUUCGUCCUCUACAUGCACCACCAGAUCCCCUCGGUUUUGCAGAGUCUUGAAAAUGAAUUUGCUAGUUUAAAGGAGGAAAUGACAGAAAUGACAUUACAACCAGCUGAACUCAAACCAUCUGAUCAGAUAAAGUACAAUACACGAAAAAGGGAGGUCAGAUGUAGAAUAAAGAAGCACGAGAAAUUGAUGAAUGGCAUCUCUACCUUACUGUGUGCUCUUCAGCAAGCACUUGAUGAAGUUUCUAGCAUUGAAGGAGUUGUCCUGAUCCUUGGAGGAAGCCUUGUACGACCCUUAUUUGUGUAUGACAUUACAAUUUCUCAUGGUACGUUUGAUUCAGGAAGUGCCAAAGAUCAAGCUCUAACCAAGUUAGCUCAAUCUGUUUCUCGGAAGGCUAUCCGUGCUCUUGUAUCAUGUGGAGCAGGGAGUUUGUCCUACACAGGGCCUAGCAAGUUGUUUUUGCUGGUAAGAUGUCCCAGUACAUUGAACUUACCACUGGAUUUCCUGCCAAAGCGUGAUUUUCGUUACAGCAAGAAGGUUGUACCUCUUCAAAUGCAUAUAAAGUGCAGUAAAGCAGGCUGUCAAUGGAAUAACCAGCACCAUAUGCCAAUUGCUAAUGCCCCAUGUUCCACUUCAGAAUCUUCUCCUUCAGAUGCUAUCUGGUUCCAGUGCAAGCAUACAAUAAGAGGUUUGCCAGGCAAGGCGUCACUAGAAGGGUGAUCUGGCUUCAAGAUAUCAAAGUUGAACAAACUUGCCCUUCUUGUUGUAGUGAGUGAUAUGAUAUAUGUACAGUAGAUGAUGUUUAUCGCUUAAUGACUUGACGAAGCAGGCAACGAUGAAGUAGACUAGUGAACUCCCUCUUUUAAGGCAUCUUUUGCAUGUUUACCAACAAAAUAGCUCGAUGUGGCGAUGUUCUGUUGGAGCACGUCAGAAGAAUUAUCGUCAGGUUGAAGGUUCUACGAUUAUGCGCCAGUUGGUCUGCUGAGAAAAUGCUGAUGCGGACUAGUUAUCAUCCUAUAACCUUAGCUAAUCAGUAGCAGUGGUUGUCCUCCAUCGUUCCAAGUAAUCCGGGAUGGAACUUGCUGUCAUGAUGUUCUAGACCUUGUGUUCGUGGCCGUUGGAUUGUUCUGGCUGUGAGCUCGUUGGGUUAUCUGUCGUCGUUGGGUUCAAUGAAAAUGCACAAGGGUUUCUGAUUC